AUGAUAUUAUCCCCAAAUAAACAAUUUAUGGAAAAUAAAAGAAAAAGAUCUGACAUCAUUUAAUUUAUAAACAGAUAAUCAAAAGAGUAAUUGAUGCCUUUGUGUGUAGAGAUUCUAAAGAAAAAUCCUGAGUAAAGAAGAUAAGAAGAUAUAUAAGUGAAUAUUUAUAAUAUAAAUAGAUUAUUUAAGCUGCUACAAAAGACAUUGAAUUCUUUUAAUAAGUUUAUAUUGAUUAAGGGGAAAUGUUAUUUAAGGAGUGUUUAAAAAGAAUGACGAUUGAAAUAUUUGAAGAGGUAAGUAUCUAAAUAAUUUGAGAAUGACGUAGUAUUUGAGUAAGGGGAUAAACCAUAAUAAUUUUAUAUAAUAUUGAGUGGAAGUGUUUCAAUCUAUAUUUAUAAGUCCACAUAGAUGGAGCAUAAAGAUUACGAAUAAGAGAGAGUGGAUAAGAUAAAGAAGAAGUAAAUUUAGUAGAAUUAUAAGAGAGAUCGUUUUUUACCAAAAGAAUUUGGAUGGGUUAAAGUUUUGGAGAAUUAGCAUUUUUAAAUGAUACUGUAAGAUCAGGCAGUGUUAUUUGUGAUUGUUAAUGCAUUUUAGCAGUUUUAAGUAAGAAAGAUUAUAAGGAUAUCCUUUAAAAAGGUUAAGAAAAUAAGUUAAGAUAAUAGAUAAAAGAAUUUCAUUCUUGUUUUAAAUACCAUUAGAUUUCACCAAAAUUAUUAGAUAUAUUGUUUUUAGCAUUUUAGAGUUCUCAUUAUUAAUUUAGAUAAGCAGUGUAUUAUUACGGGUAAUAAAGCAAGCAAGAAAUAUAUUUAGUAUAGAGUGGAGAGUUUGUGAUAUGUUAAAAUAAUGAUGGAUAAUAAUAAAGUCCUAAAAAGUAGAUAUCAUCUCAAAUAGCUAUAUUAUAGAAAGGUUAAAUAUUUGGUGAUCAUGAGAGUUACAAUAAUAUUGAUAAAAGAUUAUAGAGUGUAUUUUGUAAUUCUGAAAAUGGAGUGGCUCUAAAGAUUCAAUUGAGUUGUUUAAUUUAAAGAUUAUAAUCAACAAAUGAAAUGCAUUUAUAUGAACAAUUAAAAAAUAUUUGUAUAUAGAGAGAAUAAAUAAGAUCAGAUAGGAAUUAAAAAUAAGUAUCUCAAGAUGAGAAUUUAAUCAUAGAUAUGAAGUAUGUUAGGACAAGAGAUCUCACAUAUCAAACAAAAAGAGUUAGAUCUGCAAAAAGAAAUACAUUUAGUAUUAGAAGUCCUCUAUAAAUUGUUCAAGAUGUUAUAAAGAAUAAAAAACUUGUGUAUUAAUAGUUAUACAAAGAAGAUGAUAAUAGAAAUAAUACUUAUUCAACAAUGGCAAGUACAUAAAGACCAAAUAUUUCUCAAUUGA